CGGCCGCCGCGGCCCCUGGCAGCGCUCCCGGUGGGAGAGGCCGGUGCCCCGCUCUCACUUCCCCGCUCCACCUUCCUCCUCCUCCUCUCACGGCUCGAUCGCGCCCAUGUAUGAAGGGAAGAAGACGAAAAACAUGUUUCUGACCCGGGCCCUGGAGAAGAUCCUGGCCGACAAGGAGGUGAAGAAGGCGCAUCACUCCCAGCUGCGCAAAGCCUGCGAGGUGGCACUAGAGGAAAUAAAGGCUGAAACAGAAAAGCAAAGUCCCCCUCAUGGAGAAGCAAAGUCUGGUUCAAGCACUCUUCCACCUGUGAAAUCAAAGACAAGCUUCAUUGAAGCGGACAAGUACUUCCUACCAUUUGAAUUGGCAUGCCAGUCCAAGUGCCCCAGGAUUGUCAGUACAUCUCUAGAUUGUUUACAGAAACUUAUAGCAUAUGGGCACUUGACAGGGAAUGCUCCAGACAGUACAGCUCCAGGAAAAAAACUAAUUGAUAGAAUUAUCGAGACAAUAUGUGGCUGUUUUCAAGGCCCUCAAACAGACGAAGGGGUUCAGCUACAAAUAAUAAAGGCUUUGCUCACUGCAGUAACAUCUCAACACAUAGAAAUCCACGAAGGAACAGUACUACAGGCUGUAAGAACAUGUUACAAUAUCUACCUAGCAAGCAAAAAUCUUAUCAAUCAAACUACAGCCAAGGCCACUCUAACACAAAUGCUGAAUGUCAUUUUUGCACGUAUGGAAAAUCAAGCACUUCAGGAAGCCAAACAGAUGGAAAAGGAAAGACACAGACAGCAACACCAUCUCCAGCAGUCUCCAGUAAGCCAUCAUGAGCCUGAAUCACCUCAAUUGAGACAUAUUCCAGCACAGGCUGAUCAGCUGUCCAAAGACCAUGAGAGAGAGCUUGAUCACAGCACAAACGAUGUGGACAAGAACCUUCAAGAAGAUAUUGAGGCAGAAAAUGGAUCUGACAUUUCUAGUGCUGAAAAUGAACAGACAGAAGCUGACCAAGCCACAGCAGCAGAAAAUCUUUCUAAAGCUGAUGGAGGAACUUACGAUGGUGAAAGCAAUGAAUGUGAAGAGAAGGCACAAGAAAUUGUAGAAAGUAUUGUGCAGGAAAUGGUGAACAUAGUAGUUGGAGAUGUGGAAGGGACUGCAGGUGGUGAUGGCACAACUGUAUCAUUAGAGGAUGGCAGUGACAGUGAAAACAUUCAGGCAAAUGGAAUUCCAGGGACUCCAAUUUCUGUUGCUUAUACACCAUCUUUACCCGAUGACAGAUUAUCUGUCUCUUCCAAUGAUACUCAGGAAUCUGGAAAUUCUUCAGGACCUACCCCUGGUGCUAAGUUUUCCCACAUUUUACAAAAGGAUGCCUUCCUUGUAUUCAGGUCACUGUGUAAACUCUCCAUGAAGCCCCUGUCAGAUGGACCACCAGAUCCAAAAUCUCAUGAACUGCGGUCAAAGAUUCUUUCAUUGCAGUUGCUUCUGUCCAUUCUGCAAAAUGCAGGACCAGUCUUCAGGACAAAUGAGAUGUUCAUUAAUGCUAUAAAGCAGUACCUCUGUGUUGCACUGUCAAAAAAUGGAGUCUCAUCAGUUCCAGAAGUUUUUGAACUUUCACUUUCCAUAUUUCUUACCCUCCUGUCAAACUUUAAGACCCAUCUAAAGAUGCAAAUUGAGGUUUUCUUCAAAGAAAUUUUCCUGUAUAUCUUGGAAACUUCUACUAGCUCAUUUGAUCAUAAGUGGAUGGUUAUACAAACACUGACAAGGAUAUGUGCAGAUGCUCAGAGUGUGGUGGACAUCUACGUGAACUACGAUUGUGACUUAAAUGCAGCAAAUAUAUUUGAAAGGCUGGUUAAUGACUUAUCAAAGAUUGCUCAAGGAAGAGGUAGCCAAGAACUUGGCAUGUCCAAUGUUCAGGAAUUAAGUUUGAGGAAAAAAGGACUGGAAUGCUUAGUAUCGAUCUUGAAAUGCAUGGUGGAGUGGAGUAAGGAUCAAUAUGUAAAUCCCAAUUCCCAGACAACCCUUGGCCAAGAAAAACCCACAGAACAGGACAGCAGUGAAACCAAACACCCUGAGACAAUUAACAGAUAUGGAAGCUUAAAUUCUUUGGAUUCUACUGCUUCAUCAGGAAUUGGCAGUUACAGCACACAGAUGUCUGGCACUGACAACCCAGAGCAGUUUGAAGUCCUAAAGCAGCAAAAGGAAAUAAUAGAACAAGGAAUUGACUUAUUCAACAAGAAACCAAAGAGGGGGAUUCAGUACCUGCAAGAACAAGGAAUGCUUGGCACUACCCCUGAAGACAUUGCUCAAUUCUUGCAUCAAGAGGAAAGAUUAGAUUCAACUCAGGUUGGGGAGUUCCUGGGAGACAAUGAUAAAUUUAACAAAGAAGUCAUGUAUGCAUAUGUAGACCAACACGACUUUUCGGGAAAGGAUUUCGUUUCAGCUCUGCGCAUGUUUCUAGAAGGAUUUCGUCUGCCCGGAGAAGCUCAAAAAAUUGAUCGCUUAAUGGAGAAAUUUGCUGCUAGAUAUUUAGAAUGUAACCAAGGGCAAACUCUUUUUGCUAGUGCAGAUACUGCAUAUGUUUUAGCUUACUCAAUUAUCAUGUUGACAACAGAUCUUCACAGUCCACAGGUUAAGAAUAAAAUGACAAAAGAACAGUAUAUUAAAAUGAAUAGAGGUAUCAAUGACAGUAAAGAUCUCCCUGAAGAAUAUUUGUCUGCUAUCUAUAAUGAAAUAGCUGGAAAGAAGAUUUCAAUGAAAGAAACAAAAGAAUUAACAAUACCCACAAAAUCCAGUAAACAAAGUGUUGCUAGUGAGAAGCAGAGAAGACUCCUAUAUAACUUGGAAAUGGAGCAAAUGGCUAAAACAGCUAAAGCUCUUAUGGAGGCAGUGAGCCACGUUCAGGCCCCUUUUACCAGUGCAACACACCUGGAGCAUGUGAGACCCAUGUUUAAGUUGGCAUGGACACCUUUCCUGGCUGCAUUCAGCGUGGGUCUGCAGGACUGUGAUGACACCGAAGUUGCCUCUCUCUGUUUGGAGGGUAUACGAUGUGCAAUCCGCAUUGCUUGCAUUUUCAACAUUCAGCUUGAAAGAGAUGCCUAUGUUCAAGCAUUAGCAAGAUUUACGUUGCUUACAGUGAGUUCUGGUAUUACUGAAAUGAAACAGAAGAACAUUGACACCAUUAAAACUCUCAUCACGGUGGCUCAUACAGAUGGAAACUAUUUGGGAAAUUCCUGGCAUGAGAUUCUGAAAUGCAUCAGUCAGCUUGAACUGGCACAGUUAAUAGGAACUGGAGUAAAACCUCGCUACAUCUCAGGGACAGUGCGUGGCAGGGAAGGUUCUUUUACUGGAACAAAGGAUCAGGCACCUGAUGAAUUUGUGGGGCUGGGACUGGUUGGUGGAAACGUGGAUUGGAAGCAGAUAGCAAGUAUUCAGGAAUCCAUUGGAGAAACUAGCUCCCAAAGCGUUGUUGUUGCUGUAGACAGAAUAUUUACGGGAUCUACAAGGUUGGAUGGAAAUGCUAUUGUGGAUUUCGUGCGCUGGCUUUGUGCUGUGUCUAUGGAUGAGCUGCUGUCUGCCACCCACCCUCGAAUGUUUAGUCUGCAGAAGAUAGUAGAGAUUUCUUACUACAACAUGGGCCGGAUCAGGUUACAGUGGUCUAGGAUCUGGGAAGUUAUUGGCGAUCAUUUUAACAAGGUUGGCUGCAAUCCCAAUGAAGAUGUAGCUAUUUUUGCAGUAGACUCAUUAAGGCAAUUGUCAAUGAAGUUCUUGGAGAAAGGAGAACUUGCUAAUUUCCGAUUCCAGAAGGACUUCCUAAGACCAUUUGAACAUAUCAUGAAGAGAAACAGGUCUCCUACUAUUCGAGACAUGGUUGUACGGUGUAUUGCACAGAUGGUGAAUUCCCAGGCUGCUAACAUUCGUUCUGGCUGGAAAAACAUUUUUUCAGUGUUUCAUCUGGCAGCCUCAGAUCAGGAUGAAAGUAUAGUGGAACUGGCAUUCCAGACUACAGGACACAUUGUCACAAUCGUGUUUGAGAAACACUUCCCAGCAACCAUAGAUUCUUUCCAGGAUGCAGUGAAGUGCUUGUCUGAAUUUGCCUGCAAUGCAGCAUUUCCAGAUACCAGUAUGGAAGCGAUCCGCCUCAUUCGCCACUGUGCAAAAUACGUGUCUGACAGGCCUCAGGCAUUCAAGGAAUACACAAGUGAUGAUAUGAAUGUAGCUCCUGAAGACAGAGUGUGGGUGCGAGGAUGGUUCCCAAUUCUCUUUGAGUUGUCCUGUAUCAUCAAUAGAUGCAAAUUAGAUGUAAGAACCAGGGGCUUAACAGUAAUGUUUGAAAUAAUGAAGACAUAUGGCCAUACCUAUGAAAAACACUGGUGGCAAGAUUUGUUUCGGAUUGUCUUCAGGAUAUUUGACAACAUGAAACUGCCAGAACAGCAGACUGAGAAAGCUGAAUGGAUGACAACUACUUGCAACCAUGCACUUUAUGCAAUCUGUGAUGUAUUUACACAGUAUUUAGAAGUACUUAGUGAUGUUCUUUUGGAUGAUAUAUUUGCACAGCUGUACUGGUGUGUGCAGCAAGACAAUGAACAACUGGCACGAUCUGGUACAAACUGUUUGGAGAAUGUUGUCAUCCUUAAUGGUGAAAAGUUUACCCUAGAAAUCUGGGAUAAAACUUGCACUUGCAUGCUGGAUAUUUUCAAAACUACAAUCCCUCAUGCGCUGCUGACUUGGAGACCAGUCGGUGGGGAGUUCUGCUCUGGCUCUCCCUCUGAUGCAAAAGAAAAGCUGGAUACAAUCUCCCAGAAGUCAGUAGAUAUCCAUGACUCCAUCCAGCCUCGACCUUCAGAUGGACGCCCAUUUCAGCCCAGCACAGGGGCCACAGUAGCGGAGGAAGCGACUAAAGCCAGGCCAGCAGCAAAAUUUCCAGAACAGAAGUUAUUUGCUGCUCUUUUGAUCAAGUGUGUUGUACAGCUGGAACUCAUUCAGACGAUCGACAACAUUGUGUUCUUCCCAGCGACUAGCAAAAAAGAGGAUGCAGAGAAUCUAGCAGCAGCACAGAGAGAUGCAGUAGACUUUGAUGUCCAUGUGGAUACACAGGAUCAAGGGAUGUAUCGUUUCCUAACAUCACAGCAGCUUUUCAAACUUCUCGAUUGUCUGCUGGAAUCUCACAGAUUUGCUAAAGCAUUUAAUUCAAACAAUGAACAAAGAACUGCUCUCUGGAAAGCAGGUUUCAAGGGCAAGUCCAAGCCCAACCUGCUGAAGCAGGAGACGAGCAGCCUGGCCUGCGGGCUGCGCAUCCUGUUCCGCAUGUACAUGGACGAGAGCCGCACCAGCGCCUGGGAGGAGGUCCAGCAGAGGCUGCUGAAUGUCUGCAGCGAGGCUCUGAGCUAUUUCCUCACUCUUACAUCAGAAAGUCAUCGGGAAGCCUGGACUAACCUUUUACUCUUAUUUUUGACUAAAGUCCUGAAGAUAAGUGAUGAAAGGUUCAAGGCCCAUGCCUCAUUCUACUAUCCUUUGCUGUGUGAAAUCAUGCAGUUUGACCUUAUUCCCGAGCUCCGGGCUGUGUUGCGAAGGUUUUUCCUGCGGAUCGGGGUGGUUUUCCAGAUAUCCCAACCACCAGAACAAGAGCCUGGAAUAAGCAAGCAUUAGCAGAUAGUGAUGCUCUGUUUCCAAGUUUAUAUUCCUCAGCUAAAUAAAAGGACCAGGUAGCUGGGCCAUUCUGUCUGGGUCUCCAUGUAAACGGUUUCUUUCUCUGGCAACGUUGUAUCCAAGGGUGAACGGUACAGACGCUUCCAACUGUAAUUAAGGCUUGCAGCACUCCAGUCCCUCUCUUUCCUGGCGGAUUCUCUCUCAUCGGUUUCUCUUGCCUGGCUCCUGCUGAGCACAGAGCCAGUUUAUAGCACAGUCCCCCUUGUCAGCACGGGCUGCAGUGUCCUUUACUGUCCUAGACAGCAGCAUAGCAACAGAUGUUUAUGGCGGGUGUGAAAGUGAAGUGUACCCAAAGAAACAUAUAUAUGUAAAGGUUUGAGCUUCUGCGAGAAGUACAACUCAGGAGAGCUGUAUUUUGAAGGAUAAAAUGUUUAUAGUGAAAAGAAAAUGGAGAUUAUUGUUCAUGGAAAAAAUAUUUAGCAACUAUGUCUGAUAUUCUAAGAUUUUUGCACACUCAGGCUGUCUGAGACAUUGGUAAUCAUCCUUCUGUGAAAAUGUACAGAGAUGCAGAUCUGUAAUAUAAACUCUUUAACACUAUACAGUUCUUCCCAAAUUAUUUUAUUUCUGUAAUACUGAUUUGUUGAAAGCCCAUAACUCUUCCUUGUUUACCAAAUGCACUAGAAGUUUGGGUUUCUUUUUUGGGUUGUGAUUUUUUUUUCUUCUUCCUUUUUUGUUAUUUUUGUUUUGUUUUGUUUCAUUGUAGCCCAGAAGUUAUUGUUGCCGACUUUUGUCAAGAACAGCGGUAGAAAUAUCACGACUGACAUAACUACCUGUAAUAUACUUGUUUUAGGGCUUUGAAAUUUAACGAGCCAUUGAAAUGAUGAUCUUUCAAGGACUGGAACUUGAAUCACUGCAAACAAGUCUAGGUUGUGUCUGCUGUCAGAUGUUUUUUUGUUUGAUGUAGAUUUCACUCUUAUGUACAGAAUUUAAUGUUGGAUAUAUUCAAGUAACAAAUCUGGCAUGGUUUGGGGAUGGUUAAAUUUAUUGGAAAUGUAUUCAUACUGUGAAUUGUGCUCUGAUGGUUAACAGACGAGAUUGUCAAGCAUUCUGUAUUACAAUGGAUGUAGAAAUUUUUUUCAGAUGGACAAAAUGUAUAUGGUACAGAUAUGUAAAGUUUUCUAUGUAAAAAAAAAAUUCUGUACAACUUUCUGUACAAUAUUUGGUUCUCAUCUGGCAUAUUCUAAUCAGGUUAUAGGUCAAUAAAGUUUUUGAACUCUUUCA